UUGAGUCCUUUUUCUUUCCUAGAACGUUAUGUUUUGGAAAACUCCUGAUAUAGUGACAUCAUAUUUAUAAUUAUGAGCAUUUAAUGAGAAAGUAGCAUUAUUUGAGUAGGUAGCUGGGAAGGGCCUGAUUUUUGACACAAGGCCAAGGAUACUGUCACCUCACUGGAGUAUAACAGAUUUUUUUUUAGCUACAGGCAAAACACAUUUUCUUUCCCAGGGCAGUUGAGUUAGAAGAUUUGCCUCCCUUGCUUACUAAGAGAGGAAAUACUUCUUCCUCUACUCAGGGCAGCUGCAACCAGUUCUCCCAGAGAAAUCAUUAAACCUGAAAGAUCCCGAGCACGGAGCCCAGAAGACGUGGCUGCCCGCCGCCAACCAGCCUCCCAGCUUCCCCACUGAUCCAGCACAGGCACCUUUCAGGGUGUCAUUCAAAAGUCAAAGAAAAGCUGUUUGAGGUGGCCAGAAAGUGUGCACAGAUGAAGUGACUGGAAAACCCCCUCCCUUUCAAUCUGGAGUUGGAGGUUAUAUUCAAACACCACGACAGCUUGGCUCCUCACACAACAUUAACAGGAUCAUCAUGGAAGUCUCACAGGAAAUGCUAUUCGAGGAGUUGGACAACUAUUCCUAUGCCGUAGAGUAUUACUCCCAGGAGUCUGACCCGGAGGAGGAGGUAUAUCUGGGACUCGUUCACUGGAUCUCCCUGCUCUUGUACGCCAUAGCGUUCUUUCUGGGAAUCCCAGGAAAUGCCGUCGUCAUUUGGUUCAUGGGAUUCAAAUGGAAGAAGACAGUCACCACUAUUUGGUUCCUCAAUCUGGCCAUUGCCGACUUCACCUUUGUUCUCUUCCUGCCACUGUACAUUUCCUAUGUGGCCUUGAGUUUCCACUGGCCCUUUGGCCUGUGGCUCUGCAAGGUUAAUUCCUUCAUCGCCCAACUGAACAUGUUUUCCAGUGUUUUCUUCUUGACAGUGAUUAGCCUGGACCGCUACAUCCACUUGCUCCAUCCUGGCUUGUCUCAUCGGCACCGGACUCUAAAGAGCUCACUGGUUGUUGUUAUAUUUAUCUGGCUGUUGGCUUCUCUGCUUGGAGGUCCAACCUUGUACUUCCGGGACACCAUGAAGAUCAACAACCACAUUAUUUGUUAUAACAAUUUCCAGGAGCAUGAGCUCACCUUGAUGAGACACCACGUUCUGACCUGGGUGAAGUUCCUGUUUGGUUACCUCUUCCCUUUGCUGACAAUGAGCUUCUGCUACUUGUGCCUCAUCUUCAAGAUGAAGAAGCGAAACAUUCUGAUAUCCAGUAAGCAUCUCUGGAUGAUCCUGUCUGUGGUCAUUGCCUUCAUGGUUUGCUGGACUCCCUAUCACCUGUUUAGCAUUUGGGAACUUAGCAUUCAUCACAACAGCUCUUUCCAGAACGUGCUGCAGGGUGGAAUCCCUCUCUCUACUGGCUUGGCCUUCCUUAAUAGCUGCUUGAACCCCAUCCUUUACGUCCUAAUAAGCAAGAAGUUCCAAGCUCGCUUCAGGGCCUCUGUUACUGAGGUCCUAAAGCGCUCGCUGUGGGAAGCCAGCUGCUCUGGUACAGUCAGCGAACAACUCAGGAGCCCUGAAACCAAGAGACUGUCUCUCCUAGAAACUGCCCAAUGAGUAUUGUGUUCCCAGAAACUCUGCUGAGCUUUCACAUGAGCCUCAUAACAAAUCUUUUCAGAUUAGGUUUUGUUCUGAUCUAAACUGACUAUGUUUUUGUUCAGUUAUAUUUUUACUUUGGUAUAAAAGGUAGGAUUUCUUCCUUGCAAUUUAAAUCAUGUAUCUCUCUGGCUGCCCUCUGGUGGCGGAUCUGGUACUGACAGCCUAAAAGUUUCUCCCACCGUUUUAGCCUGCGUCUAUUAAUGUACUGUCAUGUAUGUAUCAAAAUAAGUCAUUUUUAUAAUGUAGACCACAUUAUAUUAAUUAUCUCUAU